AUGGAGUUCCUCAAAGGCCGCUCCACUCCGUCCGGCACACGCAAAACGACAAGCAAAAGAACCGAUGCACGAUUCUCCAACGAAGAUGACAGAUCCAAGGAAGAACGACGGACGGAUAGCCGUCCAGUUUCAUCGGCAAUUGACGCUGCAGCAAUGUUACAGUCGCUAUCAUGGCUCCGUGUCGGUGGCACCCCUCGGUCUGACGCACGAACACGCAUGAUCGAGGAUGCAAGGAAUCCUGAGCAUCACCACGUCGAGCCCAUUCAGCCUAUCGAGCCCAUCGAGCCCAUCGAGCCCCAGGCCCCUUUACAACAGAACUCGCGGUCGAGGGCCGCCGCUCGGCCCAAGGUUUCCAUCCCCAUCGAGUACCGAUAUCACAACCCUCCUCCCAUAGCGGGCAGCCAGUUUGCGAUACCCACCCACAACACGCCCAAUAUCGCAUGGCCACUUACCGAAGUCGAGGUCGAGCAAGACUCGUUUCCAUUCGAUGACAGCCAACAUGGCACGCAACCACCGCAGAAUAGCAGUAAUCGCGGGUCCAUAUCGCCCAUCUCUGCCUACUCGGCCUACUCGGCGCGCCCAGGGAGGAAUCCAUCAAUCGGGUCGAAUGUUAGCCCCAUCAGCCCAAUAGAACCAAGUCUCUACCCGCCACCGGUGAAGCCUCUGCCGUCCAUUCCUCUUUCGCCGUCCAGAUCCCACUCUAAUCGGCAGGGUGCGCCUUCAAUAAUUGCGCCUUCGACCAUGGAUUCAGAGGUGUCUUCACUAUCCUCAACUACUUAUUCCUCCCCAACCGACCGGACAUCAACCUCACCAUCGCGCCUGCCAGCUAUAUUUUCUCAUAGAGCCCCUUCAAACCCACCAACUAGCCCCAGAAAAGCACCCCAAAUCGAUGUUGAGGUAAUAUUUUGGAAAGAACUUGGAAUAGUAGGGAAGCGAAAGGGGCUGUCCAAGGUGAAGGCCAUGGACGUCUCACAUAACGGAUCAGUCGUCGCCAUUAAACAUGCUAAUUACAGCCUCCAAUUUUGGCAUAUCGCGAGCGGCGCUCUCCAAACUACAAUCGAGGUCCCGACAUAUAUUGACGCCGGGAAGCGGGCCAGAGAUACUUAUGAGGUGGGCCACAUGCUCAUCUCCGACUCGGUGAAACUGGCAGCCAUCAUAACAAACUUCGGGCGAACGCUCGAGAUCUGGAACUGGGCCAAGAAGAAGAAAGUCCAGACCAUCGAUGACCAGGUCGACCGCUGGGCGGCAGACCGGUUCGAAUCAUAUAGUUCCACGUGGAAUCCGCUGGCCGUCUAUAAGGCCAGGCCCUGCGUCAUUGACGUGUACACGGCCGCGCCGAGCAAGAAGCCCUAUGCUAAAGUCCGCAUCAUCGAUCUACGUAAGGCGGAGUUCCCGUAUGUGCCCCAACAGCUCGAGCUGGCGAUUGUGUCGAGCUCUCACCUGCUGGUGGCCGCCAUAGGCCCGAAGAGCGCGAAGGCCGGGCAGCCGCCGCCAGACCGAGAGAUCAUGCUCGUCGCGUGGGACAUUUCCGAUUACAGGGAGGUGUCCCAUGCUCCGCGGCAUUUCGUCAGACCUCUACACCACGCGGAGAUCGAAUUGGCAGUACCCACCAUCCUUGUUGGACAUGAGAAUACUGUCAUUUCUGUCUGGGUCCCUCCAAGUCACAAUGUCUACAGAGAAGCACACCCUCGAACGGGACUGCCCGAGUGGAAACUGUCUAGUGUGGCUGGCUCGACACGGCAUGUGCUUGUAUGGGAUUUGUCUGGCAACAUUACACAUGUCUAUCAAGUACCUAACACAGUGACAUGCGUCAGCGGCGACUGCCGAUUUGUGGCAUACAGCUCGAUAGCAUACGGUCAGACCCGAAUAGCUAUCUCGGACGCGAAAUCGGGGAAGGAAGUACAAUCUAUUCAAGAAAUAAUUAGUGGAAGAAUUGUCACGGAGCUGGCGUUUUCUCGUGACUCGAAACUAUUGAUGGUAGGAGAUGCGGAUGGUAACACAAAUGUGUUUGAGGUUGAUGUCAAGGUCUCGAGCUGGAAAUUUUAG